CUUAUCAAUCAAUUCUAAAUCAAGUGGGGUCACCAUUACCCCAGCCAACUACUCAGUAUCUAUCUGUUUGGCAUCAAAUUGCCGUUCCAAUCGUUGCACAAUUUCAAAAUGGACGAGUUCAUAGUGGGGGUGUGCUUGUGCCAUUUGAAACACACUUAGUAUUUCGAAUUGCUUUCUUAAACUAUAUUGAUCCAUCACCACAGGGACUAAAUAUCAUUGAUGCCGCUAGUAACGAAACAAUUAAUUGGUGGCAUUCAUCAGAUCAAUUUUAG